CUACAUAAUUUUACUUUCUUCGGUGAUUACUGACGGCCAUGUUGAUUCUUAAAGUUUAUUGUUGUCUGGUUUCACAUUACUGGAAAUGGAUUACUUAUUCCAGAUGAUUAAGCCAGCGUUGGCUACGAUGAUUGUGGAAAGAAAUAUCUAGGACAAGACCUACAUUUUACCACCACUAUGGGAGAGUUCUCCGAAUCUCAACUCAUAUUAAUAUUAUGCUCCGUUCCUGCAAUGUGGAGUGUAAGCUCCUCUGGCGAGUGUGAUAAGUUCAAAAUACUGAUCGGAGAUAAAGAAGUACCAACCACUGACUUAUGCAUAAGGAUAUAUCUCACUACAGACUGCCAGACGUUUGUAAACAGUUUCAAUGCAACAUUUUUACCCCGCAGUUUUGUUCAAACCAAUUCUUACUCAUUAGAAAGACCUUCGAGUAUAAAGGUUGAAGGUCUACUAUCACCUUACAAUAGGUCAGAUGGAUUGGUAGGCAUCAGUCCUGGCGCUAGGGUCAGGUGGACAGCUCCGUUCUCAGAGAUAUCAAGGGCUCAUUUGAAAGGCUUUUUGCUCAUUUGGGAAUAUACAGCCAACGGAACAACCAAGCGUCCGUGUCGACUUUUUGAGUUCAAUUCUUCCAAUGAAAUGCGUCUACAAAUGAUGACUUUCGCCUAUCACAUUACCGUUUUACAGUCGUCUGCUGAGAUCAACUUCACUAUCUACAGUAUCCCGCCACCUAGAAGUGAACUGAAAAACAACCCAGAAACUUUCGUUAGGGCGACGUUAAAAUCCUUUGCAAGUUUUGCCUACAACAGAUACCCAGGCGGAUGGGAACCUAAGACUCGGGUCGAAACUUAUGGAAACGGAAGCAUCGAAGUGCUGUUUCAACUUUCACCUCCAGAGUUUAACUUUACAGAGUUUAAGAUUGAGCUAAUCAACAGUAAGAACCCUGGAGUUGUAUUCCGAAAUAUAUCAUAUAUAGGAAAUGUUAUGUCUUUCUCUGAGACACACGGUGUGGUGGUGUUUAGAGACAUCCCAGCUGGCUCUUAUCAUAUCAAAGUCUACCCCGUGGACCCAUAUCGGAAUGAUGAAGAGAAAUGUGUAUGUUGUCAAACAAAUUGUGCAUAUUUCUACACUAAAUUGUUUGAGAACAGUGUCGCAGACAAAGAAGCAUCAACAGUGAAGACCAGGUUUACAAGAAAUCUUGAGGACACUGUGUCUUCCGAGUUCCUCUCAUCCAUGGCACAUUCCCGUGAAGAUAUCUUUAACGCAAGGGCCGAAACCGGAACGUCUUCCGACGACGCAAGGGCAGAUAAUGUGAUAGGUUUUCGCGAAGAACCAAUUAACAUACUUCUGAUUGUCUUCUCUUUCCUGCUGGUGGGAAUGAUUGUCCUUGUCGUCUGUCUGUUAUGCAAUCCGAAAUCGGCUGGAAUUUUAAAGAAAUUUUUCAUCAGGUUAUGUAGUAGAGUUAAAGUUGACUCUCCGUCCCCGGUGCCUCUGCUGCAGGUGACAGAAGUAUUAACAACUAUGGGACACCAGCUGCCAACUUUGAAGCCAAAGAAACUCUACUUCCUAUCAGCAGACGAUCAUAGUCAUCACAUUUACAUAAUCGAGAGUUUAAUAAACUAUCUAGAACUCCAUUGUUACUGUAAUGUGGUUUACCCAGCGAGAGCAGAAGACAUCCAUAAUUUUGACUCGCCUUACUCUUGGUUCAUUAAACACAUCUCCAGCUCUGAUCAUAUCAUCUUUGUCAACUCAGUGGGAGCCCAGAAACUGAUCGAGGCCAAUCUGAACAAGACAGUGUACAGAAAUAGAGUCUUAGGUCCAGAGGGGGAUCUCUUCACAGAAUGCGUGAAACAUUUUUUCAAGGACAACAAGGCUAGAGACAAGGUCAUCAACAUCUUUUUUGAAGGAAAUCAGAACGAGUCUAGAUACAUCGCAUCGUCCUUCACCUUUCAAAUUCCAAGAAACCUGCCCGAGUUUGUUCUAAAGCUUCAUUCCCUAAAUCUCAAAGACAAAGAGAAAUAUAACAGUAGGCUCCCCUUAGAUAGAGACAACAUCUCUAGUCUGCCCGGAGGAGCCGAACUUCUGACAGCUCUAGAAGCUUCCAAACAUUUCGAGCUGGACAAUCCCAAUUGGCUACAGCAGAAUUUUGGCGAGCCUACAUCUUUAGUGGCUACCUACAAAAGUCCUCAACUAGAGCCAGCGUCGGGGGAUUCCGGCAUUAAUGAGUUCAGCCCUCUUUCUGUUUCGACAAAUAAUAUACACGAAUUGCAUACGUACAACGGUGAGGGUGAUUACUUAAUUACCCGCGAAUCUCAGAAUUUCGAUACUUUUUUGGCUGAGUACUUGAAUACUCAUUCCAAUCAGGACAAACAUGUGUUCAACAAGAACCAAGAAUUGCCGUUCAGUGUUGUUAGCGUCCCCAUUUCCAGCUUCUCCCAUGAGGUAAAUAAUAAUCACAAAGAGGCUGCGCCUGCCACUGAUCUAGAUCUUGGAACAAAUGUUGGUUAUGAAAAAAAUCAAAUUUAUGUGAACAAGAACGAAGGGGGAGACCAGGAAGAUGUUGGCGUGGGCGGUGCUUACAGUAAACCCGGAAAUGUCCACUCGUUCGCGAUCAAGCCUCCGGAAUCUAUGUCGGCUAUUACCAACAUGAGUGCAGAGAUGGCCAACAUUAACAGACUGCACGAAUAGUAUCAUCGGUGACCAAAAAUAUCCUUUUGUUGCACAACAAGAUGGCGGCAGUCACUUCCGGCGAUUAUUAAUGAGUAAAAUUAAUAAUUUUUGGCGGCCUGAAAGAAUGCUGGUCGAAAAUCUCGCAAAGGUGGCGAGAAAUACAGAGAAUUAACGAGAUCUACAUGCCAACGGAAUGUAUUUAAGGGUACAGCAGAAUGCAAAAGUUUAUACCCAAGACAGUUUACAGAAGUCGAUAUUAUUUUUUCCUACAAAGCUUAUAUCAAAUCUGUCUGUCUGUCAGUCUGUCUGUCCGUCUGAUACAAUUUUUGUAGACGUUAUUUCUCCCACUUCUCAUUCUCGGAUCAAGUUAAAACUUGGCACAUUGUCCCAAACAAACACGAAUCAACAAAAAGAUUACCAAUUGAUGAAUUAUUUAUUGGUAAUUUAUUAAUUUACUUGAUACUGUAGAUAUUGAUUAAGGGAGAUAAGUCUUACAACUAUGAUAGAUAAGACUAUAAAUGCACAGUGUUUAUGUAAGUUUUUUUUUCAGGUAUAUAAUUUGUUAUAUUUUGCUUGUUACAUGUGUUAUUUUGACUGUCUCAAAACUCAAAACUAAACUUUUUGUUGCCUCAGUUGUCUGCCGUUGCGUUCACGUGACUUAGUCACUUGACUAAGAAGUCUUCUGAUCUAGGAUCCCACCCAUUGGAGCCCCUAGACGGCUGCCUAGUUUAUCUAUGCCUUAGGGCGGCCCUACAUUAAUUCAUGUCUCCAUUAAUUCAUGCAUCCAGAACAAAAAAAAAUCUGGAUCAGUUAGCUAUAUAAACUCUUUAUUCUGUUUAGCGCUGGCGCAACAACUUUUUUUCUUAUUUAUCUACAACGCCAUUUGUGGCACUAAUUCGCCUCAUUUUAAAAACUUGUAUUUGCUUACAACCUAUUACCACACAUGAAAUAGUAUUUUACAUAGAUUUAAAAUAUAUAUUAUGAUUAUACUGUUACUACGAUAAUAUGCGCCAUAUCAGUAAUGAUCCUUUUUUCUGCAUUUUUUAAAAUAAGUUUAUUUAUUUAUGGCAUAUUUGUUGAAGAACAUAGAUCUACUAGUAAUUCUUGUACACAAUUUGUUAGUGUACAUGUAUUUUGUAAGUUUUAGUUAAGGUCUAUUUUUAAUUAAGUCUAUUGUUUUAAAAACUUUACACAUUUAUGGCUUACAUAGAUCUAUUACAAUUGGGUCUAUUACAUAAAAUGUCAUAGUGCCUGUUUGUCCUAUUGCUUUUUUUGCACCAAUCGUCGGUGCUUGUUAGUAUUUUGAUUUUGACAAUGUUUAUAUACCUCAUUAACGUAAUGGAUAUUAAUUUCAAUGACGGAUAACUACCAUACUAUGAUCUUCUCUAUUUUCGGAAUAUACGAGGUACUGAAUAUAUUGGAAGUAAUCUAUGCAUUAAAACAGGUUUGCGCUUAUUUGUAUGAAUCUUUUAGCCCUGCAAAAUAAAAUGAGACAAGAGAAUGUGACAGAAAGGUGCCCUAUCAGACAGCCCUGAAACAGUUGCAUUCACAUGCUCGAACUGUGGCAAACGUUGACGCCACAGAAUCGGCUUCUUUAGUUACAUCAGAUCCUGCCAGGACUCGAAAAGAAACCGAAACCAAUGAAUUAUCUGGGCCAGCGGUUCUCAACCUUUUAUGCUCGGCGACCCCUUUUUACAAUCCCCCACUCUGUUGAGACCCCUUUCCACACACACACACAUGCAGCAAUAGAAGAAUAGACAAUAACAAUCCAUUUUUUCGAUGGUCUUAGGCGACCCCUGACAAAUCGUCCAUCGACCCACAGGUUGAGAACCCCUGAUCUGGGAGCAUCCAUUGUCUUUCGAGACCGGAGAUGUUAUAUUAGGCAUAUACAAGACAAAAAUUACGCGCACACUAAAAUGAGUACAAUUUUUCCUGGAGUCCUUGACCUUGUAGAGUUUAUCUAUUUACUUUUGCUUCUUCACUUCAUUACCUUACGUUUUUUUUUCACAUUUACGUUUCCCAAUAUGUCACCUUGCUAUUUCUCCAUAUUGCUUUCCUUUCUUUGUUUCUGUGUAACUGUAUUUUAUAACGUAAAGUAAGUAAAUCGGAUUUUUUAAAAUCGGUAGCUAAACAAAGAGAUUACUGUGUUUAGAAAUGUACCUUGGUAAUUCUCAUGACAUCAAAAGAUUGCCUGUUUGGCUUAUUGGAAUAUGAUAAUUCAGUACUUUUAGCAGAUCAAAUGUGAGUACAAUAUGCACUAUGUCUGAAUUUAAAAAAGCCUGAUUGAUAGGCUGGAUAUUAAAAAUAAAAUUGGUUUUAAGAUAUUUGAAUAUUAUUAAACUUAUACAAUUUAUUUUGUAAGCUCAACUAUUCUAUUUUA